UCGCCUCCCCAGCCCCCAUCUGCGCCCUCCAGCCCCCAUCUCCGCCCUCACAGCCUCACAGCCUCACAGCCUCACUCCCUCACUCUCAGUCCUUCACCAUCCUAGACUCCCUCACCGGCUCACCGUCACGAUCCCGGACUUCGCCUCUACCUCUCUGGUCUCUGCCGUCUCUGACUCUUUGGUGUCUACCGUCUCUGUAAACACGCAGCCACGCCUCUCUGUCGCUGACUCGCUGUCUCAGCCUCCCAGGCUUGCUGUCACGCCGUCGCCUUCCCAGUGGACGAGAUUUACAACUAUAAUGAGCAGCACCAGAAGGCUUCCGUGAGAGGUUGGCAAGUUUGGCAAGCUCAACUCCUUGGAAUCUUAGAUCAAACCAUAAGAAAAUGCUUGACAUAAAUCUAUUCCGAGAAGACAAGGGCCACAACCCUGAAGUCAUCCGAGAAUCUCAACGUCGGCGGUCUGCUAACGUUGAUAUUGUCGACGAGGUCAUUGAGCUUGACAAAGUGUGGCGUCAGCGUCAAUUUGAGCUCGAUAAUUUGCGUAAAGAAUUUAACAAGAUCAACAAAGAAGUGGCCAAGCUGAAGAUAGCCAAACAAGAUGCAAGUGGGUUAAUUAAGAAUACCGAGGAGAACAAGAAAUUGACUGCAAAAAAGGAAGAAGAAGUGCAGGAGGCCCGAGCAGCAUUGUAUAAAAGGUUGGAAGUUAUUGGAAACCUUGUACAUGACUCAGUUCCAGUUAGUGAUAAUGAGGACAAUAAUGCUAUCAUUCGUCAAUGGGGUGAUAAGAGAACUGAAUCAGGGCUUAAAAACCAUGUUGAGCUUGUCAAGCUUCUUGGGAUUGCAGAUUUGGACAAGGGUGCAAAAAUUGCUGGAGGUAGAGGCUACUAUCUGAAAGAUGCUGGCGUUGAUCUGAACCAAGCACUAAUCAUGUUUGCCCUUGAUUUUUUGAGAAAAAAGGGAUACUCUCGAUUGCAAACUCCUUUCUUCAUGAGGCAAGAUAUCAUGGGAAAAUGUGCUCAACUAGCACAAUUUGAUGAGGAACUCUACAAGGUAACUGGCGAGGGAGAUGACAAAUAUCUAAUUGCGACAUCUGAACAGCCUCUGUGUGCUUAUCAUAUGGAUGAUUGGAUUCAUCCCUCAGAGCUACCAUUAAGAUAUGCAGGAUAUUCGACUUGCUUUCGUAAAGAAGCUGGUUCUCAUGGCCGUGACACUCUUGGGAUUUUUCGUGUUCAUCAAUUUGAAAAAGUUGAGCAAUUUUGUAUGACUAGCCCAAAUGGCAAUGACUCCUGGGACAUGCAUGAGGAGAUGAUGAAUAACUCUGAGGAAUUUUUCCAGCAGCUAAAGAUUCCCUAUCAUGUUGUUUCAAUUGUUUCUGGUGCAUUAAACGAUGCUGCUGCAAAAAAGUAUGAUUUAGAAGGCUGGUUCCCUGCCUCUGCCACACACAGAGAACUUGUUUCAUGCUCAAACUGCACGGAUUACCAAUCAAGAAGAUUGGAAAUUCGGUAUGGGCAGAAAAAGGGAAAUGACCAAUCGGCGAAACAAUAUGUUCAUUUAUUGAACUCUACUUUGACAGCUACAGAGAGGACUCUCUGCUGUAUCCUCGAGAAUUACCAGAAGGAGGAUGGGGUGGAGGUCCCCGAAGUAUUGCAACCUUACAUGGGUGGAGUGACAUUCCUUCCGUUCAAGAGUGUCCCAACUGGUAAAGAUAAAAAAUCCAAAUGAGCAUUUACUUUCUAACGUCUUCAAACGAGAAACAAGGCUUUAUGGAAACACUACAUCAAGCUGUAGCUUGGUUUUAGAAAAUAUAACUUAAGAAUGAUUGUUUGUGAUCCAAUGCCCCUUGAGACUGAUGUGAGAAGCUGUCGUUUCACAGUAAUGGCUUACUGCAGAAAUGUUUCAGAUACAUAUACUACUGUUCUACCUGAUGCUGUGGUAAUGGGGCUUUUUAUGUUUUUUAAAAAAAUUGUUUUUUAUUGCUGCAUUUAUAAAGCAAAAAUCAUUGAAUUAUCUACUGACAUGGUUACUCGUUUGAUUUUUCUUUCCUUCUCCUUUGUGCUAGACUUUGAUCCACAUUAAUUCCACUUGCAAGUGUAUUGUGAA